ACUAUGAUGCAUGAAGAAACUACCAGAAUUAUAACACAUUCAUACCUUGUAUUUACUGUCAUUGGUACAGUGAAUGGUAUGCCUGGUUAAAGUUCCUGAAAUGUACAUGAGUUACAAAGAAGCUGGUUCAUAAGAACAGGAUGAACACCUUAAUUUGGAGAAAUAUGCACCAUAACUCCCAGAGUGAUGGCAGUGAUAUAUCUACUGAUGAGGAGCCUCUCUUUCAGCAAAGCUCCAAUGAAGAUAGCAGAAUAAAUGUAAUAAGGAACAUCAACACAUUUGCAAGAACAAAGACCAUUGCUCAGGGCUUUCUAGAUAUAGCUCUAUUUACUGCAAAUGCAUCACAGAUGAAGCAUCUCCUGCAACAAGGCCCAGAACUACAGUUUUACUAUUUCCUAUUUGUUCUAUUGUGCAUCUCUAUCAUACUUCAGUUGAUUGUUGCAGCCCUGUUAAUUUAUAAAGGAUCAAAGAACAUAGAAUGUGAUGAUCCUGAGCAAAAGCUCAGUGACAGAGUACAUCUACUGAAUAACAUUGUGACCGGUUUGAUCCUGGUGAUCACAGCUGUCAAUAUUUUCAUCACUUCAUUCUGGUUCAGUCCUUCCCAGUCCACGCUGGAGGAGCAAAGCCUCGGUCAAGUUGUUACCUGCACCAACUGUUGACCAUCAUCUACACACACACACAGAGUAAACCCGGCUGCAGAAAAAUAAAGAAGAACUGGACAAGUCAGCCGCUCCAUCACCUCGUUCUUUUGUUUCGGCAUCUUAACCAUCAGUAGUAAGCGGAUUUCGGUCUCUUGGUGAUUGAAAGACAGACGCACGCAAAAACACACACACACACACACACACACACACUCUGACAGUAGUGUCCAGGGUGCCGACAAUACCGCAGUUAGUUUUACACUCUACAUUACAGAAGUUAAAAAUGUCUAACAACGG